AUGAAUGCUCUGAGGAACAGAUUAGUCAGGCAACAUGGCUUGUUGGAAACCAUAGUUCACCAUAAAUGGGGACAAUCGGGAAGCGAAAUUAACGGCACUAUUGUGAGCAAACUCCGCCCAAGAUUGUGUGUGAUACACAAGAGAGAAGGAAAGCUAAAUUCCCAACUGUGCACAAAACCUGGAUACAAACUGGCUACCCCUGUCCGAGAUGAUAACAUGGGUAGCCCAUGUAAUCGAAAGAUCGCCCAAGCAAAAAUGGAUGCCAGUUCUUUGGAUGUAGGCCAAGAUUCUCCCAUACCUCCAAUCAGAGAAUCCAGAACUUUAAUAUGGGCCCGUGAGCCUGAAGAACAACUGCUCCAGAGUUUCAGAAGCAAUAAGAACCCUGACAGAAACAAAUCUACAUCUGACCAGAACCAGGCAGAAACGGAGAGUGUCCAGACUCCACCUUGUAACCAGGAGAGCAAUGAGAACCCUGACAGAAAUGACUCUACGUCUGACCAGAACCAGGCAGAACCGGAGAGUGUCCAGACUCCACCUUGUAACCGGGAGAGCGAUGAGAACCCUGACAGAAAUGACUCUACGUCUGACCAGAACCAGACAGAACCGGAGAGUGUCCAGACUCCACCUUGUAACCAGGAGAGCGAUGAGAACCCUGACAGAAAUGACUCUACGUCUGACCAGAACCAGGCAGAACCGGAGAGUGUCCAGACUCCACCUUGUAACCGGGAGAGCAAUGAGAACCCUGACAGAAAUGACUCUACGUUUGACCAGAACCAGGCAGAACCGGAGAGUGUCCAGACUCCACCUUGUAACCGGGAGAGCGAUGAGAACCCUGACAGAAAUGACUCUACGUCUGACCAGAACCAGGCAGAACCGGAGAGUGUCCAGACUCCACCUUGUAACCGGGAGAGCGAUGAGAACCCUGACAGAAAUGACUCUACGUCUGACCAGAACCAGGCAGAACCGGAGAGUGUCCAGACUCCACCUUGUAACCAGGAGAGCGAUGAGAACCCUGACAGAAAUGACUCUACGUCUGACCAGAACCGGGCAGAACCGGAGAGUGUCCAGACUCCACCUUGUAACCAGGAGAGCGAUAAGCUGCCUGAAUGCAGCGUCUGUUUACUGGAAAUAGAAGAGGAAGACAAAAGCUCUAGACUUCCCUGUUCCGACCAAUUCCACGAUGAAUGCAUCACCAGAUGGAUAGAGCAGAGCAGAACAUGUCCACGCCAGGGUCAAUCAUCAUAUAUGGAUACAGCUGCUGAAUUGUGGACAGAUGAUCAUCAUCGCGGACCAAGACAUCCGUUUCCAUAG